CUUGAGUAUUACUGCCCACUGUAGGUCUGCCUGCCCUGUCCGUAGGUGGUGCGGGUGUACCACGAUACAGAACUGUUUGGGGGGUCCUCCCUUGGGCCUCUCUUCCUGUUCUGGCUGUAAAAAUGGAAGGUAACACACUACUGCCAGAACUGUAAUAGUGUACAACGUAGAGGUAUGGAAGGUGCCCGGCGGGGGCAAGGGUACUCCUACCCCCUGGAGGUAGACACCCAGCGGGCAGGCAGGCACUGUAUACAUCAACCCUGGCUAACAAUCAAACAAGGACCUGGUAUUGAGGCACUCUGCAGCAGCGCUGGUUCUUCAAGGCCAUUUUUGUGGAGAUGGGACGGGAGCGCUGUUCGCCGAGAUGGAGGCAUUGGAAGACCGAGUCUUCACCUCAUGGGUCUUUGCAUAUUUAUCGAUCAAGAAUUCAUCAGCUAACUGUUCCAUUCACAUCGAAACAAAAGAACGGAAAAUGAAAGCAAUUCUCCAGCGCGUGCUCUCAGCCUCUGUCACGGUCGACAACCAAUUGGUCUCCUCUAUUGGCCAAGGCAUUCUCGUUUUGGCGGCUGUUGCUCCCGGCGACACGGUAAAGGAGGCUGAGGCUUUGGCAUCCAAAGUAAUCAAGUUGAAACUGUGGGAUGAUGAAUUAGGAGGCCGGUGGAAGAAGAAUGUCCAAGACAUCGGCGGCGAGGUAUUGUGUGUCUCUCAGUUCACCUUGCUUGCUUCCACCAAGAAGGGCAGCAAGCCCGACUUCCACGGAGCCCUAGGCCCUGAUGAGGCCAAGACCUUGUAUGACCUGUUUUACAAGAAGGUUCAGGAAGGCUAUAAAGCAGAAAAGGUUAAAAACGGUGUUUUCCAGGCUAUGAUGCAGGUUGCCUUGGUUAAUGAUGGACCGGUCACCCUCGAGGUAUCGGCCACGCCGGCAGCACAGCAGCAGCAGCAGCAGCAGCAGCAGAAGAAGAAGAAGGAAGACCAAAAGCUUAGCCAGAAGCAGCAAACGCAGCCACAACAAGGGGCCGUGGAAGACGACUAAGCGACGGCAGACAAGGUGCAUGGUUUGACUAAUCAAGUCUAGGUAAUAAAGUGGUUGAGGAUUGCGAGAUGGACCUAAGAAGGGGUCGAUGUAAUUGCCAAAUGUAGAGCCGGGAAAGAUGAUCUGCUAGACGUAGAGUUUAGACUAGAGGUUGAUAGUUGGGUUGUAAAAGUGUGCUCAGACCAGUGUACUUGCCGCAUGUCGCUGUUCUUCUUCGAUGCCACAGCCC